AUGGGUGUACUUAACAAGCUCACUAUCGCCGUUGUUGGCACACAUCCUCACGAUGCUAAGCAGAUCAGAUCCUGGAUCGAGCGAAACGGCGGCAAGUACUCUGCUAAAAUCACCAAGAGCGUCACCCACCUCAUCGCCAGCAAGGAAGCAUACAAGCAGCCUGCCGAUGCAGUUCAACAAGCCACCAACUUGAACAUCUAUGUAGUCAGCUAUGACUGGUUCGACGACUCAUUGCAAGGGAGGAGGAAGCUGAGCGCUAAGAAAUAUACCUGGGAGGUGCUGACGAAAGAGAGGAGAAAAAAGAAAGAACUGAAGAGAAUGGGUACCGCGGCAGAUGGCAGUAAGUUUAGGAAAGGAUGCGAGAAGAUCAAAGAGUUGACUGGAUCAGGUACGUCGAAGAAAUCUCCUACUGUCACGAGAAAGCCGACGAAGAGCAAGAGCUUCUUCUUUUCUACGUCUACACCGACUAUCCCGCCCACUCCUUUUGUUUCCGCCAAGGAAGAUCUCUUGCGUAGGAGGGCAGAAAGGGAAACUGCACUGGUGGAUGAUGCUGUAGCUCGUGAGGGACAGGAGCAUGAUCCUAUCGAAAUUGUCGAUGACUCCACAAGCCCAGCCAACCGAUCUCCAAGCUCUUCCGUCCCAAUGUUUGCCACUCCUACGAAGCCAGCCCCAACGAACCCCAAUCCCAUCCAUUCUUCUUCCAAGAAAGUACCACAAGCUAAAAUCUCUCACUGGAAAGAGGACUACCACUACUACCAAGACGUCAAGGGUUUCGAGUACAAGAUCGUCCUUGUACGUGGCGGCGAAUCUUCCAUGGGGAUGGCGAAUUAUCACAUCGGGCUGUUGGAGGGCCAUAUGAAGCCGCACACGUAUUGGGCACUUGUGCAGUACAAGCCUGCCAAAGCCCUACCACCAGAAGCGAACGACGACAGUGUACAGCAACAAGCACUGUCCUCCUCCGACAUCACUCAGCACCCUGAAGCCACUCGCCUCCUCUCCCUCGUCACCAAACCAAUCCCAACCCCAGAACUCCCCUACAACGGCGAACUCUGCCCCAGAAACAGCGACUUUGCAACCGCAUCCCGCUCCUUCCGCCACGCCUUCCGCGACCUCACCCUCCUCUCUUGGGAAGAGCGUUUCGACGCCGACAAACUCCUUCAAAAAGCGCGCGCUCAACACCUCAGCAUCGAGCCCUUUUGGUACGGAAAACCCAAACUGGGUAUGCCGAUGGGAAUGCUACCCCAAGCAAUGGGUAUGUUGACUGGUGAAACAACUGGUCUGGAAGUCCGCGGCGAUAUCGACGAUAACUAUAUCCGCGGUGCUUCGAACCUGCCUUCUAUCAGCGCUCCUCUGACCAAGAACGGCAUCAUUGGUGGCGCUAUUCACCGCGACGCGGAAGUCGUGCGGAAGCGCGAAGAAGCGCGUCUGCAAAAGAUCAAAGACAAAGAGGAUGCUGAGAAGAGGUCUAGGGGCCUGUUGCAAGCUAGGGGUAUGGGAGUCAACUAUAACACGCCGAUGUUCAAUGGACCGAUGGGUAGGCCGACGGUUGAUGCGUAUGGGCAGCAUAUCAGUUAUGGAGGGAAUGGAGAGUGCACGACAUUCACUGGUGAGCUAACCUAUCCUACCUACAAGAAGUUGGAUUCCAAUGACACAACGCCGCGUGGCGAGGGUAGACAAUGGAAACUUCCAGAUACAUUGAAGGGUACUGAAGAGGCUCUAAGUGUGAUGGAAUCACCCGCUCAUCUGACACGUCAGAACUUUGUUAACCUUAACCCAGAGAGCAGAGUACUCACGAAUCACUUUGAGUACUCUGUUGCAGCAGGCAUUCUCUACGAGUACAAGAUCGACAACAUUGGAAGCAAAGAUAAGCGGAGAACGAAGUUAGUUUACCAGAAGGCCAUCGAAUCUUGGGACUUCCUGAAGUCUCAUCGGAGUGCAUUCGCCACAAACAACUACGACUCCAUCGUCGCAUGGGAGGACCUUCAUCGACACAUCUUGGAGGAACCUAUCAGUGGUGACAAGGAAUCUACUGGCCUCUGGAACAUGUCACUCCAAGAUGGAAACAGUACUCUCGAUCUUCACUUUGAGCUCGUAAGAAAGAUCGACACUAGGGCCCUCCAAGAGUACUCGCACGCAAAUCCUCAGUAUGAGAAACAGAACUUUGAUAUCAUAUCUCGGUGCCUGAAUCUUGUCAUAUCGAAGACUUUCGAUGAUAGCAAGCUUUAUCGUCACGCUGCCAACAAGUUCUUCGUCAAAAGCGCGAGGUCGCAGCUCUUUUCGUCAGAAAAACGAGCGUCCAAGUCUCUUGAAAUCGUACGUGGCUAUUACUAUACGGUCAAACCCGGCACGGGAUGCCUCAUCCUCAACUUCAACCUCGCGACCAGCGCAUUCUAUAAGCCCAUCUUAGUCAGCACGUUCCUUGAUGAUGGCGAUACUUUUGAUGGUCACCAAGAAGACAACCUCGAGGGUCUACGAGUGUAUGUCGUAACUGAGAGACGGAGGAUUCCAAGUGAAGAGGCAGACUACGACAGGCUCAACAGUAAGAGUAGUCGCACCAAACAGGUCAACUUCAUCGGCUCUCCCAUUGAAGACCUGACAUUCCAGAAGCGUGUAAAGAAUGCCGAUGGCACGUUUGCCAAAGAUGCCGACGGAUCUUACAAGAAGGCAGAAGAUUACAUCACGGUUGUGAACUAUCUCAGAAAUACGUUCGAUCAUUCAGCCGAUCCCAAGCGAAAAGCUAUCAACUGUGGGACGGAGAAAGAGCCUAUAUGGUAUGCACAGGAGCAACUAUUGAUUCUUCCCUGGCAGAUCUACCGACGGCCAGUUCCAGAGAAGUCCACGAGCGGGAUGGUCAAAGAGGCUGCGAAAGGCCCAGACGCCAGCCGAGCCCUCAUCGAAAAGGAAGGACUUUUUAACCUAGGAUUCGACCAGCAAAGCGUCACGAACGCUCAAUUUGGGAGCAUCGGAAAGGAUGAUAAUGUACCGAUUCAACUUGUUCCCGCCAUGAUGCAAGUUCCUUGUCAAAUACUUGAUUAUCCACGCCCUUGCUACAAGGCCCUCCCAAACGCCAGCAACCCUAGCAAUCUCGGCAGAACAGGUAGUCUCGGCAGAGGAGGCGACACUUCCAUAUCGCGUAGAGACGAAACCAUUCCGGUCACACUUAAAGCGGACGGUGGAUCUCGUUGGAAGGUUCCUGAAAAUUCUGCCUUCUUCUCUACCAAGCCAAAGUCUUUCAAGUUCGGCUUCCUUCGCAUCAAAAGAGAACCGCCAGUAACGCUUCAGGAUAAAUAUGGCCAGAAAUAUCAGGGCUAUGCCAGCAAACAGCAGCAAUUCGCUCCGGACAAAUAUUCAGUCACAACGUACUCUAAUGAGUUCAAGCGUCAGCUGAACAGAUGUGGACUUACCACCACCAGUAUCGGCAUGCAACCUGCCAUCGAUCUCCAAAACCUCGAACAAGGUGACCUAGAGGCUGCUCUACAAACUGCCAAAAACAACGGAUACGACCUAGUCGUACUUAUGUUAGAGAAGUCGAGCGUAGGCAUAUACUCACUCUUCAAAACUCUAGCCGAGAGGACAUAUGGUUUGCAAUCGGUCUGUCUUGUGAGCAGAGACUGGAGCGGGAAAGACAGGCUUUUCAGAGAAUACAUCACCAACGUUAUGAUGGAGGUCAAUCUAAAGCUGGGCGGCUUUACGCAUUCGGUAGGGAGUGUCCGGUCGUAUUUGUCGCAGGGCGAUAUCAUGGUGCUUGGUGCUGAUGUCGUUCAUGCUGGACCAAGUGCAUUCAGCGGCUGUCCAUCUAUCGCAUCCAUGGUCGGAUCCGUGGAUUAUUCAGCGGGCAGAUGCCUUGGUUCUGCACGCUUACAGCGAAUUGAGAAGGAGGUCAAAGACGAUAAGGGCCAUGUGAGGUAUGAUCAGAUUACUGAUCGAGAGAUCAUUCAAGAAGUAGAGGCGAUGGUUACCGAGCGUCUCGAGGACUGGGUUCGUCUCAACGAGAAGCGAUCAUUGCCUAGGAACAUCCUGUACUUCAGAGAUGGUGUCAGUGCGACUCAGUACGAACAGGUUAAGACAAAGGAAUUGCAAGCCAUCCGCGACGCUUACAGCAAGUUGGCGGAGAAGUAUGGCACGACUUCCAAAGUGGACAUCACUGCCGUAAUAGUCACAAAGCGCCACCACACUCGCUUCUUCCCAAUGUCGAAGAAAGGGCCAGACCCUGAGAGGGGCUCACAUCAGGACAAGCUACAUUACCCCGAUCGCGACACGUUUGGCAACUACAACACCAAGCCUGGCCUCUUCGUGGAUCAACUGGUCACUUCUCCCUAUUACCAAGAUUUCUUCCUGCAGUCUCAUUCUGCUAUCAAAGGAACGGCCAAGCCUACUCAUUACUUCGUCCUGGAAGCUGGGGUCAAGGACAUGGAUCUAGAGAAGUUGCGCGAUUUGACUCACGCUAUCUGCUUCUCUUACGUCCGCGGAACUAUCGGUGUAUCCUAUGCGUCGCCUACCUACUACUCUGAUCGUUUGUGCGAACGUGUCCGCACUUACAUGCGUCGGUACUUUGUCAAGACCGAAGACGUCGCAGGCGCAGAUAACCUUGAAGCAGCUCUCAAGUCAGAGAAGCAGCGCCUAGUGGAUCACUACAACACACGUCUUGAUUUGCUUUACCCGAAAGAUUCUACGUUCAAUGGAAAGGAAGAGGAGAAGGCUUUCUUCAAGGACAAGAAAGCAACAGAGGCUGAUCAUCGAAAGGAAAUCGUACUUGGGCUGAGGAGGUAUGUGUUUGGGGAGGUCGAAGCUGACUUCUACAAGUUCAAGGAUGUGAUGAUUGAUGGAAAGCCGUGGCACAAUCCAUGGGAUGCGUGUCUGAGGGACACGAUGUUCUGGAUGUGA